UUUUCACAUGGGCCCGCUCUUAAACUCUGUCACGUCUCUCACUUCAACACCUCUAUUUUUCUUCCUUCCCGAGAAACUGUCGGGAAAACGAUAAUCCAAACGGGAUAAACCUAAAUCCUAUUCAGUAUUGUUUGCUCAGAUUGAAAGACCCAUGUCUCUGUUCCCGAUCUUAACCGCCUCGUUUCUCUUCCUCUUCUGCGUUCCGUUCACCACCGCAGCUGCAGACGGCGAUUUGCCGACGGCGUACACCCUCCUCCAAAGCUACAACUUCCCCGUCGGGAUUCUCCCCAAAGGAGUCUUGUCGUACGAUCUGGACGAACCCACGGGGAAGUUCCACGCGUAUUUCGACAAGUCGUGUAGCUUCGCCCUCCAAGGCUCUUACCAGUUGGAUUACAAAUCGACCAUCUCCGGCGUCAUAUCGGAGAACAAGCUCACGAAGCUCACCGGCGUGAAGGUGAAAGUUCUCUUCUUGUGGCUCAACAUCGUGGAGGUUAUCAGGGACGGAGACGAGCUCGAGUUCUCCGUCGGGAUCACGUCGGCGAACUUCGCGAUCGAGGAGUUUUACGAGUCGCCGCGGUGUGGGUGCGGGUUCGAUUGCAAUGGAUUGAAGUCGAAAACAGAUAAUUUGCAAAUGAUGGGACUUUCUUACAAAACCUGAACUCUUUGGAUGCUUUUUUUUGUUCUUGCUCCAAUCAUUGGACAAGUUCUUUGUUUCAACAAUUGGUUUAUUGUUCAUCUCUUCUUAGGAUCGUUCUAUCAAUCAACGUAUGUAUUGUACUUACAAUCAAUAAAAGUACAUCGAUGAA